AUGCUUCCUUCCGCGGAGCCAGAGUUUUUCAAAUUCUUUAUGGACAUAAAAAAGAUUGGGAUAUUUAAAACUCUAAAACACAACUUAAAAUUAAUUCCGAUGAGUUUUGGAUCAUGUGAGCAAUACAGGGAGAGCUUUUAUCCUGCGCUAUUGGAAGAAACUGUAGAAAGCAUUGAGGCUGUUUUGUUUGAAAAUAUCGGUUAG